UAAAAUAUUAUCCAUGAUAAUGUUAGAUGAAAUUUGAUAUUUUUGUCCAUCCAUAAAAUGUAAACAGCUUGCUAAUAUUAAAAGAUUAACCAGUUUGAAAACAUUGCCCAUGUUACCAGAUUGGUUAAUUGUUUAAUUGAUACAAAAAAUAGACACAAAUAUAUUUUAAAAUUUAAAUUUAUUGUCAGUUUUACUUUGGCGUUGAAACCAUUGGCUCUUCCAGGUGUUUUUUUUCACAAUUGUGUAAGACAUAAGUACUCGCCGGCUCGCUUCUCUUCCAACUUACUUGUUAGCCACUCACGUUCAAGCUUAAAUGAGUUUAAUUUUAAAGAUUGUUGCUAAGAAAAUCAACUUUUAUUGUUGAAUUUUAAUUGUGAAUUAAGUAAAUUUGUUUCUCAGUUUACCCAAGCUGUCACCAGUCUAAAGCCGAGUCACAGCUCGGAGAUUAGAUAAUGCUAUAGUGUGGUUGCGGUGUGUCAAGGGUUAACCAUUCAUUAAAUGUCACUCAACGUCACCCAAAAUUGAAAUACAAAUUGAUAUUAAUACUCGUUAAAAUGGACGAAAUGGACAUUGAAGUAGACGAACUGGAUAAUAAAGUGGACGAAUCAAAUAAUGAAGUGGAAAAAUCAAAUAAUGAAGGCGACGAAAUGGAUGCUAGCUCCGAAGCCUCAGAUAUAACCACAAUCAAAGUACAUUUUUUAGGCGAAUGGCAUGACAUAGUGAUUGAUUGGAAUGAUGACAGGGAAUAUAAACAGGACCAAAUAUUUGCGCAACUAGAAGAGAUGACUGGUAUAUUAUCUGCAUUCAUAACAUUUAUGGGUCUGUAUGAAAUGCGACCUGUGAACCCACGUAGGCGGAAUGGCAUCAAACUUUUUUACAUUCAUAACAAUGAUUUCCAUUAUGUUGGUGUUGGUUCGUGCCCUCCAAAUUUAAUCAAGGAAGACGUAAUUGACUCAUGUAUUGAGGAUGGCGAGCGUUUUUAUCUCAGUUAUAAUCUUUAUUUUGAACGGUUUAUACUCAGGAACGCAGCUAUUAGUUUCAUGCUAGUACCUGAAAUUCUGGUUGUAGAAGGACGAUGCAAUAUGCAUUUGUGUCAAACUACGCAUACUGAACCAUUCUUCAAUAGAGUAAAGGAUAUCAUUCUUAGUGAGCCAUUGAAUGAUGAAAUGUUGGAGCGAUUCGAAGCAUUAGGUGAUCCUGAAGGUCGUUUUCAUUCUUGGUAUAUCGCAGUAAAGUAUAUUUAUCAAGAAUACAAUAUUCUCCAAUUUUUCGAAGUUGCUUGUUCUAAUAAACUAUCUCCGCAUAAUAAUGAGGUUUUUGAUGAUUCUGAUGAGAAUAUUAUUGAAGCUUUAGAGGCUCUUGAUGUCAAUUGAUUUAAAAAUGGACGUCAACUUGAUUUUUAUCCCAUAACUGAUUGUAAAUAUUUGAAUUUCAUGAAUAAUCUUUGACUGUUGGCUCCUGGCUUCUAUGAUCUCAUACCGACAUCUUAAUUGCUGAUGAAGCCUUUGAUUUAAUGUAUAAUGUUAUUGAUAUAAUCCUUAGAUAUAACGAUAUCCUUAUAUUGAAUGUAAAUCCAUUAAAUAAGCUUCGUCGCGAUUCCAUACAUUUGAUCCGUGAAAAAAUAUUAAACUGCUUCUACCAAUCAAA